CCCGCGUCCUCAAUAUUGACCUCCCCUCAUCCACUCCACCAUCUCAAACAACAGCUUGCAAUUCUUGCGCCUUGAAAACCAGCUGCACUGAUUGAGGUGUGAGUUUGUGAUACACAUCUAUCGACCGCUUUGCUACACUAUACCUUCGCCUUCGCUACCCCGCCUUCGGGCCCGCGUUCUCCAUUCACAUCGAUCCCAUCGUCAAGCAAUCGUCGCUUCCACACCGUGCAGCCAUGGCCUCUUCCGACCUAGAUCAACUAAUUGAGAUGGGAUUUGAUAAGGAGCGAGCACAACUUGCGGUAGCCAAAGGCAACGGAUUGCAAGGGGCUCUAGAAUGGCUUGAACAGAACCAGGAUAAAUCGCUUGAUGAGAUCAAGGAAGAUGAGGAGACGGAGGGCCCUGCACUCGCGCCUGGUGAAGAGGCUCGCAGUCUUGUCUGCAACGAGUGUGGCAAGAAGUUUCGGAGCCACGCCCAAGCCGAAUUCCACGCCACGAAAUCGCAACAUACCGACUUCUCCGAGUCGACGGAGGAGCUUGCACCCCUGACAGAUGAGCAAAGGAAAGCCAGGCUCGAGGAGCUCAGAGAAAAACUUGCCGCUAAGCGGGCGGUGCACUCGGAGCAAGAUAAGGUUGAUAAGAAGAGGAAUGAGGAAAUCCGGCGGAAAGCUACCAAGGAUUCACAAGACGCCAAGGAGGAGCUGCAGAGGAAACAAAUGUUGAAGGAGGCAGAGCAGAAGAAGAAGGAUAAGCUGGCAGACAUCGAAGCGAAACAACGGGUCAAAGCCAGGAUUGAAGCGGACAAGCAAGAGCGCCGACUCCGAGCCGAGCGAGAGAAAGCCGAGCGAGCUGGCGUCGCACCUCCUGCACAAGCAGCUCCUGCCCCAGCGGCUACCACAUCUGGACCGGUGGCCUCGAAGCCUGCAUCAGCCUACACCGAAACUCGUCUGCGGUUCCAAACGCCCAAGGGCAACAUCAUGAAGACGGUUCCGGUUACUACCACCCUGUUCGAAGUUGCCGCAGCCCUCAAGCAGGAGGAUGGGAUUGAGGUGCGCAGCUUCGUCCAAAACUUCCCUCGGAAAGUAUUCGAUGCGGAAUUCUUUGGCGAAUCCUUGAAGGAUUUGGGACUUAUUCCGAGCGCGAGUCUUGUGAUUCAGUGACAGCGUGAAGCUUAUUCUGCUUUUGCCUACCAUCUACAUAGCCCGAUAGAAAUAUUGCUGGAAGCAAGACAUACACGUGGAACGAAAUGAGAGCGGAGUAGUGACUUGGCUCAUAGUAAAACCGAAGGCUGCC